CAGCAGCACUUGCAAUGUUGAUAUUUGGAUGCUGCGACUGUGCAUCUUGUGAGAUUUUCCAGUUUUCGGUCUGAAAAUGUUACACGUUUUAGAAGCUUUGAAAGUAUUUUGACCUCUUUUCUGUUCGUAAUUAGGUUCUUUCACCCUCUGUCCUUUUCAGAUUAACGUCCAGUACUUCAGUUCUCUACAUUAAGUUCUUGUGCCCUUAUGCAACUUUCUAGGCAAGUGCUCCCAACUUUGUGCCACAUAUGCUUUCCAAGAAACUGGUAGAAAUUUUCUAACGCGAAUUGAAUUUCACUGCUUUUACGUAAUUUGCAAUCCCUGAAGCAUUCGAAUCCUUCACUCGAAAGAUAAACUUUUCUCGAACCUUAUCAUCCCACCAUGGCCAGUCCCCGUACUCGACGAGUUCUUCAAGAUUUGAUACCGAAGUACAAUAAUUCGAAAUGUUUUGAGUGUGGGACUCACAAUCCCCAAUGGGCGUCGGUGACUUAUGGCAUCUGGAUUUGCCUGGAUUGCUCCGGGAAACACCGCGGUCUCGGUGUUCAUAUCUCAUUUGUUCGAUCAAUUAGCAUGGAUAAAUGGAAAGACAUUGAAUUAGAGAAAAUGAAGGUUGGUGGAAAUGAAAAAGCCAGAGAGUUUUUUGAUUCUCAAGAAGACUGGGAUGACACUCUUCCGAUUCAACAGCGUUACAACACGAAAGCAGCUGCUCUUUAUCGAGAUAAGAUCGCAACUUUAGCACAAGGCAAGACAUGGGACCCGGAAACGUCCUCGGCCAAAAAUUUUGUUUCCCCAACUAUUGGUGGAAGGAGCAGUUCAAGCAAAACCCCACAGCGCCAAACAAGCCAGCCUUCAAAUGAGCCGCCAAACUACUCAAAUAGCUAUCAGGAUCAAAACAUAAGUAGCUACCAAAACAUGACAAAUUCUCAAUUGAUUCGUGAUGAGAAGGAGGCAUUUUUUGCUAGAAAACAAAACGAAAACGCCAUGAGGAGAGAUGAUCUGCCCCCUAGUCAAGGUGGUAAAUAUGCUGGUUUUGGAUACUCUAUGGAUUCAAAUAUGCCCAAAAGUUCAUCGCAAGAUGUGUUUGGGACUGCGGCCUCCUCAUUUGCAAGUGGCUGGUCGUUAUUUUCUAGUUCAGCUACAAAGUUUGCCUCAAAGGCCACUGAAAGUGCUAUUAAAAUUGGUGGAAUUGCCACUCAAAAAGCCAUGGAACUUGGUUCCACAGUUCAGGACAAAGUCAAAGAGGGCACACUCAUUGAUGAUGUUUCAUCUCAAGUUUCAGUGUUAGCAACAAAGGUUAGCGAUUUGGGUCGGAAAGGUUGGCAAGAUUUGUCUGGUACAAAUACACCUGCCCCGACCUCAAUGCCAAGAUCACAGUCUGAUGUUACUUCCCUGCGAAGUGGUGAAAAAUCAUCACUCCUUGUCGAUACUAGCAACAAUCAACAAAACUACAGUAACAGUGAGUGGGACUCUCCGCAAAGUAUGAAGACCAUCCCAGAGACCACAGGUGGGAUCCCUCGAUCAAAAUCCUCCAAAAGCAGUACGGUUUCAAAACCAACAAACGAUGACUUUUCAAAUUUAGACCCUGUCAAAAGCAAAACCAAGUGGAAAUCAAACAAGGAAGAAGAAGAUGCGUGGGACCUUCUCAAUCAAUAAUUGAUUCAUCUUUCUAUAGUGUAAUUCAUUUCUUCAUUUUAUUGUCACUUUUUUUCUGGCAUCUGGCGCCAAAAUGAAUUUUGUUACAUUAGGACCAACAGCCAAAAAAGCAGUUUCCAGUGCAAUGGUUUAGGAACAAUACUGCUUAUCUGAAAACCGACAAUUUUGCCGGAUGAAGACAAAACUUUGAUAUUUUUGAAAUUUUAAAGUUAGAUUUGCAAUUUUUUACUUACUUUGCCAGGGUCAUUACGCAACCUCCUGCAGAAAUGGAAAAAUACUGAAAGUACCAACUUGCGUAUUUUUCACCGUAGAAUGCAGCAGAGUCUUUAACUCAUUUUCUCCAAAAUUUUAGUUAGGCAUUUUUUUCCUUAGCCCUUGCAGUGUUUUUUGGUUGUAAACAAAUUUGUGUUUUGUUACAACGUAUGUAUGCCCUUAUUUGAUAAAAGUGAAGACGAAGCAAACCAUUCGGAAAAUUGACGACCUCCCAUUUUGUUCCAAUAUCAAGAUGGAGAAGGGGCUCUAACCAAAAAGGAGCGUUUGAGUUAUGAUUCUUGCUCAAACAACUACAUAUGUCCUGUAGCCUUGAAAAAAACCCACGUUCCCCAGGAAUUAGUUCUAUUUUUUUAAUUAAUAGUGCGAAAAUACAAACGAAUUUUGAUGUGUCAUUGUUGUUCACCUGCUGUGGUUGCCCACAGGUUGAGAACGACUGGUUUCAAAAGAGAUCAGGCAAUCUGAAGGAACUAACUCGUUUGUUGACAAAAGUAAAGUGAUGUGUUUGCAAAAAGACUUGGGGAACAAUAUCCCAAACGUUCGCAAUAUUAUUGUUCUGGUUUUCUUUGUAUUUACUCGUCACUUUUCAUUCUAGCAUUCUUCUUCGCUCUGAAGUCAGAUUUUAAAAGCGAAAUUGUGGCCAGGUGAAAGAAAAAAAUCUGGGUGCCUAAUCUUUAGCAGUGUAAAAUAAGUCUCUUCCUUCCUUGUAUCAAUUCAUUACUUAACUGCCAUUGUUGGAGAAAUCAAAAAUUAGUAAUGAAAGCUGUCCGUUAUCUGGACGUAUCCGUGUGUUGAUGCUGUCAACUGCCCUUAUUUCCUGACGAAGAGUUGUCGUCUACGAGGGGAGGUUCCAAUCAACCCACCUCCUAUUUUAAAUCAUUAUGGCAUCAACCAAUGGCUUUUAAAAAUCUAUCACCCAUCAGUUUUUUUUCAGCAAAUAGACCCUCUGAAUAUCUUAAUUAAUUGAAGAGAAACAGGUUUGCGCAUGGUUUAAGUGUAACUCGGAAUGGUCGCUUGUUACCCCUUUAAUUUUUUAUGAUGUUCGGAGGCUACAUUUGCUGAAACAAAAAACUGGUGGUUAAUAGAUUUUCAUGAGUUAUAGGCUGGUAAUUAACAAAAAAGGUGUCACUAGCCACUAAUCCAUUGUUUUGAAAAAUUUGAUUAGAUUGAUUAGAUUGAUUUAGGCUUGAUUUUUCUUUCUUUUACUCUGUUGCAUUUGGACGGUGCUAUCGAUCCUCGUUGGUGUCAUGUCAUUACUUGCCCUUAAAGUGAAAAUGAAGGGUGGCUGAAGUUGCUUCAAAUUAGAAAAUCUUAUGACUUGUUGAUCGUAGACACAGUUUACAAUAGGGCACUCAACUGCUGACUUUAAGAACAGGUCUCCUAUGUUCAACAGUGGGUUGCUUCUAUAUGAAGAUUUCUUUAAAAUAUAUCUUUUUCAAAGUCUUUUGCCUCUGCAAAUUCCAAAUUUUUCCUAUAAGCUGCAUUUAUUUUACUGUAAAAGAUUCUAAUUACCCAACUGAGAACUUUUCUUGAAGCCUAGCUCAAGACCUUACCAAAAUAAAGUGAGAUGGAUAUUUUGUUUUUUAUUUAAAUUAUUUUCUGUCUUCUAAUUUGCCUUCUUGACUUUGAUCGAAGCAUUUUGAGCUAAUAAACUGUGGAAGAUUUUAUCCGCAUUACUUGUGUUCCACAAUGUUUUUUGUUUUUUAAUUUUUUAUUUUUUGUAACUGAAAAGGAGGUGAAACACUGCUUUGAAAUUUUGCUAGUGUCUCCUUUCUGAUGCAGUUGCUCGUAGAAAAUAGUAAACAAUUAUGUUGCUCAUUUAUCAGUCAAAAAAAUGAAAUUUGAGAAAAAAUCUGGCAGUAUGAAGUGCAGUUAUGCUGUUUCCAGCUAUAGCCAUCAAAUUCAACCAGAGAUUGCAGAAUUUUGCAAAAAGUUGCCAUUCACAAGCCAAAAUAAUCAUUCCCAGUGAUUUUUUCUUACAGAGAGGGAAAGGGACAGUAAUGACACUAGCCAAAUUUCUCAGUCUUGCAAUUUUUCAGAGAUCAGUCUCAAAUGUAGAUAAGAGUUUCUACCUACGUACAAUAAUUUUAUUUUAUUUAAUUUUAUCACUUAUAUUUUUUGAGAUAAGAAAUCAACGCUUUUUGAACACCACGAUUCUAUUGACCAUAGCCGAUAAUGGGCUAGACUUUUAUGACUUUCUUUGCACCAAAAUAAAAGGGAAAUCCUUUUUUGUGCAGUGGAUAAAUUAUCUCAUCUCUUGUCUUCUUCCGCAACAAGAUUUCUUUUCUAAUUUGUUGCCAUGUAUUAUUGUAUUUACCUUUGCAUCAAUUUUGCUCUAAGUAUAAUCAAACCUUCUGUGUGCAUUAAAUCAAGGAUAUAACUACAUUCCAGCGUGGAUUAAAGUUCUCUUGAAAUGCUUUAUGUCAGCGGUCAAUUGCUUAUCAUUGCGUCCGACAAAAUAAUUAUAUGAAGACAAGUGGCACUCCUGUAAGUUUUUUAGACAAAUAUUUUUUAUUAAAUCUCUCUAUUGUAUCUGUUAUGUCUAUUUUGUUCGCAGUUUUACAAUAAAGCUAAAUAUUUGUUUUAA